GGGCGAGUGCGCCUCUGACGCCUUCUCUCUCGCUGCCGCACGCGUGCGAAAAGCCGGGUUCAGGCGGGCACCAUGGCCAGCUGCACAGUGGAAGAGCGCGGCUGCCCGUACAGCCUCGACUAUAGGAUUUUCUUCAAAAAUGAUAAAGGACAAUAUAUUUCUCCAUUUCAUGACAUUCCGAUAUAUGCAGAUGAUGGCAAGGAAGUGUUCAACAUGGUUGUAGAAAUACCUCGAUGGACCAAUGCUAAAAUGGAGAUUGCAACCAAAGAUCCUCUAAACCCAAUUAAGCAAGAUGUGAAAAAAGGAAAACUACGUUACGUUGCUAAUGUAUUUCCCCACAAGGGAUAUAUAUGGAAUUAUGGUGCAAUUCCACAGACGUGGGAAGAUCCAGUACAUCAAGAUACAGACACUGGCUGUUGUGGUGAUAAUGACCCAAUUGAUGUUUGUGAAAUUGGAAGCAAGGUGUGCAGUAGAGGAGAAAUAAUUCAAGUGAAAGUUCUAGGUACGUUGGCAUUAAUUGAUGAGGGUGAAACGGACUGGAAGAUCAUUGCAAUCAACGUCGAAGAUCCUGAAGCUGCUAAGUUUAAUGAUAUUGAUGACGUCAGGAAGUUGAAACCUGGAUACCUGGAAGCUACAAUAGACUGGUUUAGAAGAUACAAGGUACCUGACGGGAAACCAGAAAACAAAUUUGCAUUCAAUGGAGAAUUUAAAAAUAAGAAGUUUGCAACUGAUGUCAUCAGAAGCACUCAUGACUUCUGGAAGACUCUAGUGAAUAAAAAAACUGAUGGAGAGAUUUGCUGUGUAAAUACAACAUUGGCAGAUAGCCCUCUCCGUUGCGAUCAAACUUCAGCUGCAGCUACUGUGACAGCGGCACCUGCCUGUGGGAAUGCCAAUCCAAUACCACCUGAAGUGGACAAGUGGUUCUACUGUGAGGAAAAGUGACUUGAAGCUGGAUGUGGUACUAGUUCCUGUCCUUUCACCGGGAAAUACUUGUGCAGAAUUAGAUAAGAACUGAAAACUUCAACUACAAGAACAAUAUUGUUUCUAAUUAAGUAAAUGGCUGCUUAUAACAGAUUUUUCAUACCAAUAAUGUGUGCUCAAAAUAUAUCAAGAGUCUGAACCAUUCUGUAAAAUAUCAGCUUACCAGUCUUCAAAUACAUUAUCAUGGCAUUCA